CCCCUGGCCGAGUGGGGCAGCUACGGCCCCGAGCCCUACGGGACGGCCUGCUGCAUCACGUGGAAAGCCUCGAGCAGGGAGGCCACGCUCUACAUCCUCGCCCUCUUCAUCUUCUGCUACCUUCUCCCCUGCCUCCUCAUCCUCGUCUCCUACUCGCUGAUCCUCUGGACGGUGCGGGUGUCCCGGAGAGCCGUCAGGCAGCACACGGCCCCCCCGCGCAGAGCCCGCAGCGUGCACAGCCUGAUCGUGAAGCUGAGCAUUGCCGUGUGCCUGGGGUUUCUGGCUGCCUGGACCCCUUACGCUGUCGUCGCGCUGUGGGCAGUCCUCGGUGACGCCAGCCAGGUGCCGGCGCUGGCCUUCGUGCUCUCGGCCGUCUUUGCCAAGUCCUCGACGCUCUAUAACCCGCUGGUGUACCUGCUCUUCAAGCCCAACUUCCAGAAGUUCCUCUCCAAGGACAUGGUGCUCCUCCAGGCCAUCCGCACCCUCCUCUGCUGUGGCUGCCCGAGCGCCGCGCUCCAGCCCUUCCCAUCCCCGGGCUUCGGUGACCACCCUGGGGCUUGCAGAAACUGCAACGACGCUUUUGAGUGUUUCAGUAACUACCCCAAGUGCCACAAACCCCCCCAGGCGCCCGGCAGCUCGCGCCGGCGUGCUCCCCUGGCUCUCCUGGGCGAUGGAGCUGCUUGCCAGCCCGGGCUGAAGAGGACGGUGCAGGUGAUGGUGCUUGUCUCACGGAAAAGGCCAGGCCUGGGUGCUGUGAAUAUGGCGGGGGAAGCCCUGCCAUCGGGUAUCAUGAAAGACCUUCUCUGA